GGCAGCUGAGUCCCCAGGCCAUGGACCGAGUGACCAGAUACCCCAUCUUCGGCAUCCCUCACUUGCCCCGUGUGGGUGGCCUGGGCCUGGAGGAGGACACCGGCUACACGUUUGAGCCGGUGGACGCGGGGCCUGCGGCCAGCGGCUGGGACCAGAACAAGCCACGGGCCCUGCCUGCUGACCGAGAGGCCGGGCCGAAUGCAGCCGGGCCGAAGGCGUCCCGGAGCCCAUGUGCCUUCCUGGACCGGCCAGCCCCGUGGGGGCUCGGCCGGGAGGGUGACAAGAAAGAGGAGGCGAAGGCCUGCCGUCGGCACCCAAGGGACGCCCAGCCCACGCGGCCACGGAGCCUGGAACGGGAGCACCGGGCAGUCAUCCAGGGCCAGGCACUCAGGAAGGGCAGCACGGUGGCCACGCUGCAGGGCAGGCCUGCCCACGGGGACCCCGGGAGCCCCGGCCGGGCUCAGUCGGGGCCCCCGGAGGAGCACGUGGUCGACAGGGAGCAGAUCAACUUCCUGGCGGCCAGACGGCAGUUCUUGAGUCUGGAGCAGGCCGGUGCGGCGGUCCCCCAGAACCUUCCAGCUAGGGCGGCCCCUGCGUGCGCCCCGCCUGCCGUGGGUCAGGCCUCCACGGCCUCGAGCGGGCUGCCCCCGGCCAACGGGUGUGCCGUCCCACCGAAGCCCCAGGGGAGGGACGCGGUCUCGGGAGAGAACGGGGGCGCCGGCGGCCUCCCCGCUGCCCCUGGUGCCCGGGCUGUGGGCGGCCGUGGCUCCCGGUCCCGAGCGGGGUCCCCGGAGCCCCCCGGGGAGACGCCCAUCGAGCGGGAGAUCCGGCGGGCCCAGGAGCGGGAGGCAGACCUGCGAGAGCAGAGAGGGCUACGGCAGGCGGCCAGCCAGCAGGAGAUGGUGGAAAUACCCACCAGGCCACUGCUGACCAAGGUCAGCCCGGCCUCGGCCCCGCGGCGGGACAGGGGGCGCCCGUCACUCUACGUGCAGCGGGAUUUGGUGCAGGAGAGCCAGCGGGAGGAAGACCACCGGCGGGAGGGCCUGAAGCUGGGCGAGCCGUCCACACCUGCCAGGGCGGCCCUGGGUCCCCAGCCUGGACUCAGGAAAGCCCUCAGCUCAGACUCCGUCCUCGGCCUGGCCCCGGAAGACGGGCCGGCCCGCCCUGCUCCCGCGGUGAGGAAGGAGGACCGCGGCAUCCCGGCCGACGCCCUCCAGCCGCACCUGCGCCCCGGGAGCCCCCGGCUGGGGUGCCCGGCCCUCCACGCGUCCGGCAGGCCCGGGGGUCUCUCUGCGGCCGAGGCCGAGGCCGUGGGCUCUCCACAGGCCACAGGCUCUCCGUGGCAUCUCUUGGAAUCCUCUGGAAAACCGGCAGGCGCAAAGCCGCAGUGCCCCAGGCCCCGCGAGGGACCCCCGCCGGCCAAGAGAGGGGUCAUCCGACAGGAGCAUUUCUGCCUGCGGCCCCUGCGGUUCAGGGUCCCAGACGGGCCCCUGCAGGCCGCGGCCCCCCGCGUCCCAGGCUGGGAGGGCAGGGGGAUCCUGGCGUCGACGCUGCAGAGGUCCCAGUCGUCCGAGCUGCUGGAGAAGGAGGUGGAGAGCGUCCUGCAGCGCGAGCGGGAGGUGGCCGAGGAGCGGAGGCAGGCCCUCUUUCCUGAGGUCUUCUCCCCGCCGCCCAAUGACGACGACGACGACGACGACGACGAGGACGAGCCCGCCGGCUCCAGGAGCUCCUCCGCGGCUUCCGGCGUCACGGGCAGCUACUCCGUGUCCGAGCCCCACUUCUUCCCCCCCAUCCACCUGUCAGGCGUGGCGGGUGCUCCCGAGCAGAAGAAAAGGAAGGAGCCGCGGUAUGCCAGCCUCAGCGCCUCCGACCACAUCAACUCGGAGGUCCUUGAGGCCACACGGGUCACCCGCCACACCAAUGCCAAGGCCAGGUGCUGGGAAGCCCGUAUCUACGCCAACGAGGGCAAGGCCUGAGCCGGGCGCCCCGGGCCUGCCCUGGGGGGUCUGCUGGCCCAUCCGGAGCCCCACUUCCCUUAGGAAACAGGUGCCUGUUUAAACUC